AUGUACAGACACAGUGAGGUUGCUGAUUCGAAUUUCUUCAAAAGUCUUUUUAAUCACGAGCUAAGCGAGCGUGAUGCAAAUGAUGAAAGCAAAGCAUUUCAAGAAUGGGUGACCAGGGAACACGGCAGCAACAACGAAGAUUCUGAUCAUGUCGUUAACGUUGAUGAUGGUGGAGCGUCAUUGAGUGAUAAUCCACCUGGAAACAUCGUCAUUACAAAUGAUGAUAAGAAGAAUGAUGAUUAUGACUAUGAGGGUAAAGUUGAUGGUGAUUAUGAAGAUGAUGAUCAAGGAGGUGAUGAUAAUGACGAUCAGGGUGAAGAUGAUGGUGAUUAUGAAGAUGAUCAAGGUGAAGAAGGUGAUUAUGAAGAUGAAAAUCAGGGUGAAGCUGAUGGUGAUUAUGAAGAUGAUGAUCAAGGUGAAGAUGGGAAUUAUGAAGAUGAUGAUCAGGGCGAAGAUGAUGGUGAUUAUGAAAAUGAUGAUCAAGGUGAUGAUGGUGAUUAUAAAGAUGAUGAUCAGGGUGAAGCUGAUGGUGAUUAUGAGGAUGAUGAUCAGGGUGAAGAUGAUGGUGAUUAUGAAGAUGAUGAUCAGGGUGAAGAUGAUGGUGAUUAUAAGGAUGAUGAUCAGGGUAUAGAUGAUGGUGAUUAUGAAGAUGAUGAUCAAGGUGAAGAAGGUGAUUAUGAAGUUUAUUUCAAAGAUGAGCAUCUAAUAUCACAUUUCCCGUCUUUUUCUUAG